AUGCCAAUGGAUUUCAGUUCAAAUCAAAUUGAGUGUAUUUGUCAAGUACUCUAUAACAACCAAGAAACUGAUCGGUUGAAGACGUUUCUGUCGAAAAUAUCAACAACUACAAUGUAUCAUAACAAUGAAGUAAUUGUGAAAUGCAGAGCAUUAGUUUCAUUCGUCAAUAAAGAAUUUACUGAAUUAUUCAAUAUUUUAAAUAAUUUUCCAUUUAGUGUUUAUAAUCAUAUUGAAAUGCAAAAUUUAUGGUAUCAAGCACAAUAUGCACAAAUAGAGAUAUCUCGUGGUCACCAGUUGAACGCUGUAGCCAAAUAUCGUGUACGUAAGAAAUUCCCACCGCCGAAAACAAUAUGGGAUGGAGAUCAGGUGACGUAUUAUUUUAAAGAUAAAUCAAGAAAUUAUUUAGCUGAACAGUUUGUGCACAAUCCAUAUCCGUCUAUUGUGGAAAAAAAAUUCAUGGCUAAGAAAAGUGGUCUUACUAUAACACAAGUAUCCAAUUGGUUUAAGAAUCGAAGGCAACGUGAUAAAACUCUUAGUAAUUUUAAAACUAGAGGUAUAACCCAGAAUGGAUUGAGUUACCAUCAACCAACUGAUUUCGAGGUGGCAGCAGAAUUCCAUGAACACUUCGAAGAAAAUACUGAUACAGCACUGUAUGACGCAAAAUUUCAUGAGACAGCUUGUUCCGAUUUCAGUAAAUCUUAUUUCGAUCAUGAUUUCAGUUUUCAUUACAAUCAAUCUGGAAAUUAUUCUUCUUCAUUCUCUCACCUAAACUCUUCAGAUGAAGAUUUUUCUGUUACCAGUAUAAAAUAUAAUUAG